GCAAGCACCAGUGGCAUCUUGCACCAGAACUGCGCUUUGUGUUGUCUGUCUGCAGGUUUCAUCACUUUCUUCUACUAAAAUGCCCGCCACCUCAGACAUCCUCACUGAAGAGGUGCAAAGAGAAGCCGGCUGUAAAGAAAAGGACAGCCAGGCGGCUGCUGCGGAGCAGACGAAGAAGAGUUUCGGGGUUUUCUGUGAUGAGCGCGGGUAUCUGGACCAGAUCGAGUACAUUCUGCAACACGGCCGCAGGAAGGGGGACCGAACCGGGACAGGAGUCAUCUCUGUGUUCGGUGCACAGGCCAGAUAUAGCCUUAGAGACCAGUUUCCCUUGCUGACGACCAAGAGAGUGUUUUGGAGAGGGAUCCUAGAAGAGCUGCUGUGGUUUAUAAAGGGAUCAACAAAUGCCAAGGAGCUCUCUGAGAAAGGGGUGAAAAUUUGGGAUGCUAAUGGCUCCCGGGACUUCCUUGACAACCUUGGGUUUAAAGACAGAGAGGAGGGCGAUCUGGGGCCUGUGUAUGGUUUCCAGUGGAGGCACUAUGGUGCCGAGUACACAAACAUGCAUGCAGAUUACACAGGACAAGGUGUUGACCAGCUGCAGAAUGUGAUUGACACCAUAAAGAAGAACCCUGAAGACAGGCGGAUCAUCAUGUGUGCUUGGAACCCCAAAGACCUGCCCCUCAUGGCCCUACCCCCCUGCCACGCCCUCUGUCAGUUCUAUGUAUGUGAUGGCGAGCUGUCAUGUCAGCUGUACCAGCGCUCGGGCGAUAUGGGCCUCGGGGUGCCUUUUAAUGUCGCCAGCUACGCACUUCUUACCUACAUGAUCGCACACAUCACAGGACUAAAGCCUGGAGACUUUGUUCACACUCUGGGAGACGCUCACAUCUACGUCAACCACAUUGAACCUCUAAAAACCCAGUUUCAGAGGGAGAUUCGGCCGUUCCCAAAGCUUAAGAUCCUGAGAAAAGUGGAGACUAUCGACGAUUUCCGUGCAGAGGACUUUGAGAUCUGCGACUACAACCCUCACCCCACCAUUAAGAUGCAGAUGGCUGUCUGAAACUGUAAUUGUCAUGAGGUGUGAGUAUUACAUGUAGCUGUAGAGGGUGCUUCAGAAUAAUAUAUUUUCACCUUGUUUGAAUAUACAUUUUAUGUACUUCAAUUCCAGUUUUGUUCCAUAUACAGGAUAUUUUUAAAAGCUCAGCUCCUUCAAGUGAUGAAUAGAGAUAAAAGGAAAUCCUUUUUUUUUUUUUUUUUUUUUUUUUGCAAAUU